UACAGGAAUUACUUAAGAUCCGGCUUUCUUGCCUGUGCAUGGCUUCUGUUGUCAGUGUAUUACCCUAAAUGCAUUUGGCAGACAAAGGCUAUAUUCUGUUCUCUGGUAAUUACCUCAGAGUCAGCCCAAUGUGCUAUGUAUGUUUAAUUUGUUAAGUAUUUUUAAAAUAAUGAUAACCUACAAAGUGAACUAUAGUACUUGAGUAAAGUAAAACGUUCCCAAACGUAUAAACUAUAGCUACAAAUCUAUACAACCCUUGGCAUCAGCUAUCAAAAGUAACUGGCGUGACAUUGAAAUCUUUCAGACUCACAAUCUAGACUGCACUGACUUUCUAGAAUGUCUCGAGAACAGCUGGCCGUUCAGCAGGCCAGGAAGGCUUUCUUGACUGGAGGAUCUAAACCCCUGGAGUACAGAAUUAAGCAACUUAAAAACCUAAAUCGAUUCAUUACAGAAAGAGCAACGGACAUUACUAAUGCCCUGAGAAAAGACCUCUAUAAGAGUGAAAAUGCAACACAGAUGUUUGAGAUCCUUGGCUUGGAGGGAGAAAUCAAUCUGGCUGUCAGCAAUCUGGCUGAGUGGGCAGCUCCUCGUCCUGUGGAUAAAAACCUUCUCACCAUCUCAGAUGAUGUGUACAUACAGCCAGAACCUCUUGGUGUCGUGCUCAUCAUUGGGGCAUGGAACUAUCCAAUAGCAGUCACCCUGCAACCUCUUGUGGGUGCCAUUGCUGCAGGUAAUGCUGCAGUGGUGAAACCAUCAGAAGUGAGCUCUCACACAGCCAAAGUUAUGGAGCUCUUGCCUCUCUAUCUGGACCCUGAGAUGUAUCAGGUGGUGACAGGAGGGGUUUCAGAGACCCAGGAGCUGCUGAAGCAGCGUUUCGACCACAUCUUCUACACUGGGAACAGCACUGUGGGGAAACUGGUUAUGGAAGCAGCAGCUCAUCAUCUCACACCAGUGACUCUAGAACUGGGUGGGAAAAGCCCUUGUUAUAUUGACAAGAACUGUGACAUCAGAAUUGCCUGCCGUCGCAUUACUUGGGGAAAGUAUAUGAACUGUGGUCAGACCUGCAUUGCACCGGAUUACAUCCUCUGUGAACCCACUAUCCAAGACAAAGUGAUUAAUGAGAUCCAAAAAUGCAUCCAGGAGUUUUAUACGAAAGACCCCAAGAGCUUUGCAGACUAUGGACGGAUUAUUAAUCAACGGCAUUUUAAGAGGAUAAUGGCACUUCUUGAGGGUAGCACAAUGGCAAUUGGAGGAGACAGUGAUGAAUCGGAAUGUUAUAUCGCUCCUACUGUUUUGAGGGAUGUGGCAUCAGGAUCCAAAGUGAUGCAGGAAGAGAUCUUUGGGCCAAUUCUGCCCGUCAUCACUGUCCAUGGCUUAAAUGAAGCCAUUCAGUUCAUCAACGAACGAGAAAAGCCACUAGCACUCUACGUUUUCUCCUCCAGUAGUAAGGUCAUCAAACAGAUGAUAUCAGAGACGUCUAGUGGAGCGCUCUUAGCCAAUGACUGUCUGGUGCAUUUUACCAUAAGUGAUUUGCCUUUUGGUGGGGUUGGGAAUAGUGGAACUGGUCGUUACCAUGGCAAAUAUGGUUUUGAUCAGCUGAGUCACCUUCGUAGCUGUCUUAUUAAGAAGCUGAACAUGGAGGGAGUGAAUCAGAUGCGCUACCCACCCCAUACAACGGAGAAGUUACGCUGGGCCCGUGUUUUUCUCUUAAAGCAAGUAAAUCUGGCUCGGUGGCGUCAGAUGGCGCAGGUUGCUAUGCUUGCUGUGCUGGCGGCCUUUGUGGUGAAGAGGUUCUUGAGAUGACCAACGAAGGACAACCUAAAGAUUGUCUUUUUGACCCAGGGCUGUUGAUAAUUACAUUUUUCCAUGCAUAUUAAAGAUGUUAAUAUGUCCAUCAUUCACAAUUAAGACAGAAGAG